AUGAACUACUUUGCGAUCGUGUGUCUGUACGUGAGUGCUGCAGUACUCACACAAGCUGAGGGCAAGAGGGUCGUCAUGUUGCCCGGCAUUACCAAAAGUUAUUUUAUCCAACACGCCAACAUAGGCCAGGCUCUGAUAGACCUGGGUCACGAGGUGUGGAUCUUCAUGCCAGAGUACCUGAGUAACUCCAGCUUGAUCAAACAUAAAGACAUCAAGAUCUCAACGUUUGGGGAAACGCUGGGUGACAUGGAGGAAGAGAUGAUGAAAAGCUCCAAACUGGUUAGUGACUUCUGGGAUGAGAAAGAAUCGCCGCUGACUACAUUUUUGUCGACAGCCAGAGCAUUUAGGCAUUUAAUCAACAUAGUUUUAGAUGAGAAAUCUUUUAUUGAUAACAUCAGCAACCUUAAGCCUGAUUUGCUUGUUCUCGAUAGUUUAAUGUUUAAUAGAAAUUUGUUUGUUGUUCCGUACAAGUUAGAUGUUCCUUUUGCUGCUAUUGGCACACUGCAUGACCUAAUAAUGCAAAGAGUGCCAUUCAGUCCUGCAGUAGAACCAAAAGUACCAGACAUAGUUACCAACAGAAUGAACUUCUAUGAAAGGUUAAGCUCUACCAUACGUACGAUUCUAGAGCUAAGCUAUGACGUCUUCACUGAUAGUGACAUUGUGACUAGAAUAGCACCAGAAAAACCCUACACGACAAUUGGUGAUAUUAUAUUAAAAGCUGACAUUUUUAUUGCCGAACUUGAUCAUAUCCUAGAUUAUCCCAGACCAAUGUUACCCAACACAAAGCUGAUUGGUGGAUCUUCUGUCAGUGAGCCAAGGCCUUUGAUUGGUGAGUUUAAACAGUUUGUUGAUAAAUCAACCAAUGGGAUUGUUGUUGUGUCUUUUGGAAGUAACGACAUUCCAUUUCCUGAACAUAUUUUAGCCAAACUGUCGUCUGCUUUUGAACAACUAGACUUUGACGUCAUUUGGAGAGUCAACUUGACGUCCCCUGUUCCAUCGAAAAUUAUGACGUCACACUGGAUUCCCCAGAAUGACCUACUUGGUCAUCCAAAGACCAAAGUUUUUGUUUCCCAUUGUGGUAAAAAUGGCCAAUACGAGGCUUUGUAUCAUGCUGUGCCUAUCCUCUGCCUGCCUAUUUUCGGUGACCAGUUUUAUAAUUCUAAAAGAAUUCAGGUCAAAGGUUACGGUUUGCAUAAAGACAUACGACACAUUUCCAAAGGAGAACUAACCACUGCCAUAAAAGAUCUAGUUUAUGACAACAAAUACAAAAGAAAUAUCGAGAAAGCGUCCAAGCUAUUCAAAGAACUUUAUAAAGUUCCAUCCAAAGAAGCCGCUUACUGGAUAGAUCACGUGAUGAAGUAUGGCGGAGACUAUAUGAGGUCAUCAGGACAGGAAAUGCCGUUGUAUCAAUUUCUUCUUCUUGAUGUUAUCGUUUUUAUAGCAGCUUUACUGUUUGCUGUUAUUAUUAUUCUACUCAUCAUUGCCAGGUUUUCCUGCAAAUGUUAUUUGUCCAAAUAUCUUGUUAGAUAAUUAAAGUCCUUAUGGUCUAAAUUUAUGAGUUAAAAAAUUAAUAUUGAAAGUUUUGGGAAAUAAUUUUCAUUUAUCAAACUGAAAGUAAUAAUUUUCGGCAUG